AUGGCCAAAAGUAAUGCAUUCAAUAGGCUUAUAUUUCUGUUAGUACUAUGUUGUUGUAAAAAUCUGGUAGCAACUCAGAAGCGCGCCAAGGAUAAUGGUGAUAUAUACGUACAACACAAGGAACAAGUGGCAAUUGGGAAUAAUAGCAGCGUCAUUGAUGUUGAAGAAGUGAUGCAAAUAUGCAAUGCCAGCUUUUCGGUACCAAUGGAGUACAUUGUGCAAUUUAAUACGACCGGCGAAUUGUCAGAUACCACGGAUAAAACGGGCAUGUGCUUCAUACGUUGUUUCUUUGAGAAAUCAGGGUUGAUAAAAGACUGGCAGUUAAAUACGGACUUAAUAAUGCAAAAUAUAAUGCCAAUAACAACAAGUUCAGUUCAGUUUUGUGAAUCGGAAGCUAAAAACGAAAUGAAUGCAUGCGUACGCACUUAUGCUAUUGCCAAGUGUCUGAUGAAAAGCGUUUUGGAAAAUGCGCGCAACAACACAACUGUUUGAAUGUCAG